UUCAUUCUGAGCGUGUGACGCGACACUCGCAGCCUCUUGCAGGUUGAUAACGGAGAAUUAUCCCCUGCCGCCUAUUUUCUGUACUCUUUCACGGACGCUGUCAUCCUGCUCUCACAACGCCGAACGCCCUUAGCUGCCCUCCAACGCGUGGUAACCGGGACUUGGAAAUGAUCGCACUGGCGUUCAAUUUCAACGUUUUGACAAGGGACCUGUCAUUAUACCUGGAAAAUCAAGUCAAAGUCGGGCUUUUCGGUUCUGGAGUGGGACUGUCCUUAAUACUCGGCUUCAGCGCCGCGUACGCUUGUUACUACUUGAUCUCGGUAGCCAAGAAACCACAACUUAUUGCCGGGGGGAAGAAAUUCUUCCAAUUUCUGAAGGAGCAAUGCCCCGUGGUGUCAGAGACAUACUAUCCCACCUUCUGGUGCUGGGAGAGUCGGGUUCAAACACUGCUCAGGCCCUUUGUCACGGCCAAGCCAGUGGUCUGCUAUAGAAAUGAGCUCAUUAAAGCAGCGGAUGGCGGUCAGAUUUCUUUGGAUUGGUUCGAUAAUAAUGACAGCACCACCCAUCCGGAUCCGGCCAUCCGGCCCACUGUCCUGCUGCUGCCUGGGCUCACCGGAACCAGUCGUGAGUCCUACAUCCUGCACAUGGUCCAACAGAGCCGGGAGCUGGGCUACAGAUGUGUGGUGUUCAACAACAGAGGGGUGUCUGGUGAAAGACUCUUGACCCCGCGGACCUACUGCGCGGCCAACACAGAGGACCUGGAGGCCGUCAUCGCGUACAUCCAGAGCACCCACGCGGCCGCCCCGCUGAUGGCCGCUGGAGUCUCCAUGGGAGGAAUGAUGUUGGCCAACUACCUGGGUCAGAAGGGGAGGGACACAUGCCUGCGUGGGGUGGUGGUGUUCUCAGCCGGCUGGGACGUGUUUGAGUGCACCGCCUCAUUGGAGAAGCCCUUGGACCGAUUCCUCUUCAACUCCUACCUCACAAGCUGCCUGCAAGCCUCUGUCGAUAGACACCGGCCUGUACUUGAGAAAAGCUUUGACAUUGAUCACAUAAUGAAGGCGAAGACUGUGAGGCAGUUCGACGAGAGGUUCACCUCCAUCAUGUUCGGCUACCCGUCCAACGAGGACUACUAUCGGGAUGCCAGUCCCAUCCACAAGCUUAAGUCUGUGCAGGUGCCUAUGCUGUGUCUUAAUGCCGCAGACGAUGUCUUCUCCCCCAAUCACGCGUUCCCUGUGGAGGUGGUGAAGCAGAACCCUCACGUGGCGCUGCUGAUUACCGACCACGGCGGACACAUCGGCUUCCUGGAGGGCGUCUGGCCCUGGAGGAACACCUACAUGGACCGCGUCUUCAGGCAGUUCACCAAGGCCAUCAUGGAGCAAGGGAGCCAGCUGCGGGUCCCGUAACACCGUCCCCCCCCCCCGCCCCCCCGUCCCAGGCCAGCAGUCCAUCCCCCCCUCCCCUCUAACACGUGCAAAAAAAUAUACAGCAGCAUUUAUAUACAUUUCCAAAACUAGUAACGCACAAUGGAGUUACAUCCGGUGUUAAUAGCCAGGUGCAGCAGCACUCAUUUUCAACAGCAUAGUCUCACCUGCUUAACAUUUUGUUACCUGUCUUAUUCCUGCUGUGAUUCACAGGAAGAUCCUAGAUUAUUACAUUUUACUGUACUGCUCUUAACUUUUAUGUUACCUCAUUUUUCUAAAGGUGAACUCCAUCAUAGGUGAAGUCAUUCAUCUGUUAUUUGUCACGUUUAAAGCAGUUGAUGCUUGUUGAAUAAUGUCUUGAACUGAACCUGGUAACCUGAUAAUCUGGAAAGGAAGCACUGAGUCAUGUGACCAGAGCCGAGAGCUUGCAUAGCACCAGUGCAGAUGUUCUAAUCCUUAUCUGAACAGGUCGUGCAACAAUCAUUUAUUUGUCCCUGUUUGUUUGUGAAGUACUAUUUUUAUUUAGGGUGGUGUGUGUUUGUGGGGGGGGUUUGGCGGCAUUGUUGAUUUUUCUUAUCACUUGCUUUUAGUCAGUCCUCAGGGAUUUUAUUUACAUGCACCCAUUUUGGCUUUUUGUCAUUUUCAGUUCUUCUUAAUAGGCAGGGUAUCCCUUACCAGAUCACCGUCUUUAUUCUACACCGCUCUCUUGAAAUGCGAUGCACUCCAUGCAGUGGACUAGCUUUUUAUAACUUGUCGCUGGUCGCACACAAACCCGUCCUAACAUACAGGCUAUGUAAACCUACAGUUAUUCACCGAGUUCAAUUUUAUCUGACACUUGGGCUACGUUACCAAUAAAGUUGUUAAUGGCUGCUGCGAGUCGUAAUGAAAUAACAUAUAAAUACCACACGGGUAACACUUGAACCGCUCAUACAAGUUCUGACACUGAUGUAUCGAGGAAGCCUUAAUCCUUACUUUGGUAAAAGCUGACGCUUGUUUUUCGAGUAACCACUACAGCUGGGGCUUUCAUUAGAUGGUGUAUCUGCUCUACCCUUGAAAAGGUGCUUUUCCCAGCUGAAAAAAACAGCUCAAGCUAGGUUUUGAAACAGCUAGUAGCUGGUUGACCAGUUCAGACCAGUUACAUACUCAACAUGGUUUGACCAGCUCGAGUUAUGUUUUCAAAAAGCUGGUAGCUGGUAAUUUCAAGAUGGUCAUAGCUGGAUUUCACACCAGGGUUACCUUUGUUGUUUCUUGUAAUGCUAUAAUCAUGCCAAACGUUUGUUCUCAAUGACGUUUGAAAAAUGUGUUACAUGUAGCAAUGUGUAGGAAAUGGAAUUGUAACAGCAGUUUCCCUGGAUACGGACGUCUGUUUUGCGAUUGCAAAUGUAUGACCGAGGCAGCGCAUGAUGUAUCACUAUGUUCUGGUGGUAUUUGUACGUUACUUCAUUCCGAAACUGUGACUGGCGUGUCCUUGCUUCCUGUCGCAUGAGCUGUCCAUCCUUUGAUAUGCUGUCUUGAACCUUAGAACUAACAGACGUCAUACCAGUAGCACAAAGGACACCAUUUUCUGCAACUUAAUCCUGUGACAUUCAUGCCUAUACAUGGAUAUUCUAUUUAACAUUCAUGCAGCAAUACGAUUUUAAUAUAAAAUACAAACUGUCUAUGUACAAUUUAUGUACACGUAUAUGGAUUGUAAGUACAUAAGCUGUAUUUAAUAAAUUAUUAAAUCCAA